AUGGAGGGGAACCUGGCGAGCUCAUGGACGAGCAAUCUGACGGCUAUGCUGCAUCAAUUACCUUGUAACGAUAGUAUUCUUGGGUGUAUGGAUGAGUGUGGUCUCGGUUCCUCUGGGUUCGAUCACAUGUGCACGGUGGAAAAGGGGACCUUCACGUCGUCGAUGACGCUGCUAUGCAGGCCUUGUGAUUAUUCCAAUUGUGAUGUGAACGUGUCGUUGGUUCUCAGUGGCCUGGAGAGUAUAGAGGGAAUGUUCUUGUCCAGGAUACCAAGAUUCAGAGGGUGCAACGAGAGUACCUUCGACGAUCAGAUCCUGGAAUGCACACCAGCGGAGAACACUACGACAGAGGACCUGACGAUCUCUUGUUCUCAUCGAGCAAAAUUAACUUCAACACCAAGAGGUCGCCGCUUCGAUUGGAGUUUCCUUUUCGUAGCAGUGUUCAUCGUGGCUGGUGGUCUGGGGAACAUACUGGUCUGUCUAGCUGUAGGACUUGACAAGAGGCUGCACAAUGUCACCAACUACUUCCUUCUCUCCCUCGCUGUGGCGGAUCUCCUCGUUAGCCUGUUCGUGAUGCCUUUAGGCGCUAUUCCAGGAUUCUUGGGAUACUGGCCAUUUGGUGUACUAUGGUGCAACGUUUACGUGACAUGCGACGUGCUGGCCUGUUCCGCGAGUAUAAUGCACAUGUGUUUCAUCUCAUUGGGAAGGUACCUGGGCAUCCGGAACCCACUGAGGACUCGGCACACAUCCACUAAGCGGAUGGUCGGUUUCAAAAUCGCCACCGUAUGGCUGCUCGCCAUGUUGGUCUCCAGUUCCAUUACAGUGUUAGGUAUAAUAAAUCCUCGGAAUAUCAUGCCACGGCCAGGAGCAUGUGUAAUAAACAACAGGGCGUUCUUCGUGUUCGGUUCUUUGAUCGCCUUCUACAUCCCUAUGAUCGUCAUGGUGGCCACGUACAUUCUGACGGUGCAGCUUCUUCGACAAAAGGCUCGUUUCGUCGCGGAACACCCGGAAAGAGACCAGUUUCGAAGACUCGGGGGAAGAUACUUCUCCACGAAAGCGUCUUCGAACACUUCCACCACUGGAACCACAACUUCCUCCUCGUUCUCUACGAGGUACGCUUGGAGGACUUCCGGUGGCUCUGGAAGUGAAAGGUUGGUAAAGAUACUGCAGGAUAGGCGAGCGGACGACAAACCUCUGUUCCGUUGCAAAUAUAACAGGUGCAAGGGCGCGAGGCCGGCCAAGUCGGAACCGCAACUGAAUUUCAGUGUGAACGGCGCGGGGAACCCGACCGGAAGCGCGGCCGGGGCAAAACUGGCGGCGAAAGUGGAUCAAGCCACUCAGACGCCGGACAACAUUGGUCGCGAGACAAGGAACUUCACUCUGAGGGCUCUGAAGCUCCAACUAAACGUCGCUCCAAACACCUUGAAUCUCAGGUUUCUAGCCGGACGUACGAAGAGAAGAUCCUUGGCUGCUAACGCCGUGGCCACGGAACAGAAAGCUAGCAAAGUGUUAGGAUUGGUGUUCUUCACUUUCGUACUGUGCUGGGCGCCAUUUUUCCUCCUGAACAUUUUCUUCGCCGCUUGUCCUGAGUGCUCGGUGCCAGUACACGUGGUGGACACGUGCCUCUGGUUAGGCUACGUGUCCUCCACGAUCAAUCCAGUGAUCUAUACGAUUUUUAAUAGGACCUUCAGGGCUGCUUUCAUCAGGUUGUUGAAGUGCAAGUGUUCCAGGUCAGCAAGGCCGGCGAGAUAUCGUUCGGUGACGGAAGGUGGACGAAACGCGAUGAGCCUGUGCACCCCUACCGCACUUCCACUGGCCAUUAGUCUUCAGGGUACGCCGUUGUUGACGCCGACGCCGAAUCCGACGGCCACACCGGCCUCAGGAAGCUCCUACGUGACGAUGAUGCAUCGCACACCGAGCUCACUUUACCGCGACACCUUCCAUCAGCACGAGCACGAUCAAAAUUGUUGA